AUGCGGCUGCUUAGCGGAGUUGGUCCUGAGAUACGCUUGUGUUCUCUGGAUGUGCCUAUUAAAACGAAAGCCUCUUGUCCUGUGCUGGCAGAUUCCCGGAAAGUAAGUAAGCUGGGAAACCUGAAGCGAAGUGUCAUUAGGCAGAAUCCGCAGCCGCCACCGCCACCGCCACCGACACUCGCCACCGCCACCGACCGCCGACCCCACGCCACCGCCACGCCACCGCCACCCGCCGCCGCCGCCCCACCGGCCACCCACCGCCACGCCACCGCCGCCGCCCGCGCCGCGCACGCCGCCACCGCCGCGCCGGCCACGCCACCGCCACCACGCCCCGCCAUUCACCAGUUCCUACCGCCUCCACCGCCGCCGCAGGCCAGACGCCGCGCCGCACCGCGCGCCGCAGUAGCGCGCGAGCGCGCGACGGCGGGCCGUGUUAUUGAUUUGUGCUAA